UUUGAAGUCCGCUAGGGCCCUCCUUCCGGAAGUGCUCUCCAUCGUUUCUCUUAGGGUAUGUAGAGGUUGGUAGAUGAGGACAACACGGAUGCCUCCUCAUUUUAUAGAGAAUUCUCUCCGUAGUGGCAUGUAGAUAUCAGAAAACACAGUGUGAUCAUGCAGAUACUGACUCCUCAUGUUUACUGGGCCCAGCGGCACGGCGAGAUUUAUCUCCGCGUGGAACUGUGCGAUGCCAAGAAUCUCAACAUAAGCCUGCAAGAGAGCAAAACGCUUCAGUUUAGAGCACAGGGCCAUGGAGCUAAAGGAGAUAAUGAAUACGAGUUCAGUCUGGAGUUCCUGGAACCUGUCAGACCCGAGAUCAACCACAAGUCCACUCAGCGUCAGGUGGACAUCAAAAUCAAGAAGCAGGAGGAGCGCUGGUGGGAUCGUCUGACGCUGCAGGAGAAAAAGCCGCUGUUUCUGGCUCCUGACUUUGACCGCUGGCUGGAUGAGUCGGACGCUGAGAUGGAGCUCCAGGCUAAGGAAGAGAAGAUAAACAAGAUAAGUGUGGAGUCAAGAGUUCGUAAAGACCCUUACCUCGGGCUGAAGAAAGGCUACUUGUUUAUGUACAACCUCGUGCAGUUCUUGGGAUUUUCCUGGAUCUUUGUCAACAUGACUGUUCGACUCUUUAUUCUGGGACAAGACUCAUUCUACGACACCUUCCACACCACAGCUGACAUGAUGUAUUUCUGUCAGAUGAUGGCCGUGCUGGAGGUCAUUAAUCCCUUACUGGGACUGGUAAAGACUGGGUUUUUUCCUGCUAUGAUACAGGUGGCGGGGAGGAACGUCAUUUUGUUCGUCAUCUUCGGCAUCCUGGACGACAUGCAGAACAAACCGGUCGUCUUCUUUGUGUUCUAUCUGUGGAGCACCAUUGAGAUCUUCAGAUACCCAUUUUACAUGCUGGCCUGCAUAGGCACAGAGUGGCCCAUGUUAACAUGGCUGAGAUACAGCCUCUGGAUCCCUCUGUACCCACUGGGAGUGUUAGCUGAAGCGGUGGCCGUGAUCCAGUCCCUGCCCAUCUUUGAUGAGACCCGUCUCUUCAGCAUCCCUCUCCCCGCCAUGCUCGGACACUCGCUAAGCUUCUCCUACACUUUACAACUUUACCUGGUUCUCAUGUUUCUUGGACUCUUCAUUAACUUCCGACACCUGUACAAGCAGAGGCGGAGACGAUACCGCUCGAGGAAAAGGAAAGCCCACUAACUGAUCAACAAGCUUACACACCCCGAAACAGGUGUUUUCCUUCUGUUGCCUUUUCUCAUCUCCUUAGACUCCCACACUGUGUUAAUGGAGCACUGGCCACCGUAUACCUCCAGUGGGUGAACUGUCUCCUGUAAAUCACUCUGCACCAGCUCAA